AUGUGGACAAUACGUCGUGCACGAUACGCUAAUGCAUCAUCAGUCGCUUAUGAAGUUAUUAAGCUUAUGAACUAUGGUCAUCAUGCACAUUGCCUUUCUCUCAUCCAAGUAGCACCUAGGCACGUGAAUGAGGUCCUGGCAAUGAACAUGGAAAGGGUCAAACCUGAAAAUCCUAAUCUAAAAAGAUGAUUAAUAUAUCUAUUUAACGGGCUAAUAAUUCUUGAUUUUGUAUUUGCUCAUUUUACUUUUUGUAUAUGUAUUGUAUUUUAUUUUCUCAAUGACUGAAGUUGAAUUUACCAUAUUAUAGAAACAGUCAAAGAAUUAAAGGGAUCAAAAUAUUUCAAUAAUAUUUAUCGAGAUAUAGAUUAAAAUGCAAGUAGUAUUGAAGGAGUAA